GUUCGUCCUCGUCCGUUUGUGGCGGAGCACAACUUUGUUUUUUUCGUGUUUCAGGAAUUAUAAUGCCGCAUUCACCUCGUGCUGCUACUACGACGCAACCCACGUAGAUCAGGUUCUUUCAUGGAUUCGCAAGCAAGCUCCAGCAGUCUCCUCGGAGAUGACAAUGAGGGAGCCACCGGAAUUUACCACUCGCUCAAUUGGUUGCUUGUUCGGCUGACGCUGGCUGCUGGUGUCGGGGGCCUCCUCUUCGGCUAUGACACAGGAGUGAUAUCUGGAGCAUUGCUCUACAUUCGUGAUGACUUUGAAUCCGUGAAUGAGAGCACUUUCUUGCAAGAGACAAUAGUUAGCAUGGCUAUUGCUGGAGCAAUUGUUGGAGCAGCCUUUGGAGGACACAUGAAUGAUCGCUUUGGACGCAAGUUUGCAAUGUUUUCUGCAGACGCUGUCUUCGCAGCUGGAGCAGUUGUCAUGGCAGCUGCGCCCAAUCCAUAUAUGCUGAUUGCUGGCCGCUUUCUCGUAGGAUUGGGAGUUGGCGUGGCCUCAAUGACGGCUCCGCUCUACAUUGCAGAGGCUUCCCCGAACAGAAUUCGCGGGGCUUUAGUGAGUACCAACGUGCUCAUGAUAACAGGUGGUCAGUUCCUGUCCUAUCUUAUCAACUUGGCCUUCACCCAGGUACCUGGCACUUGGCGGUGGAUGCUAGGAGUUGCUGGAAUACCUGCUAUUGUACAAGCUAUACUAAUGUAUUCUUUGCCUGAAUCGCCUAGAUGGUUGUUUCACCAGGGAAGAUACGAAGAAGCAGUGUCAGUGUUGGAAAAGAUAUAUCCAGCAGAGCAGGUGAAACAUGAAAUCAAUGGCCUUCGAGCCUCUCUGGAAGAAGAGGAAGAGGCGCCACGAAUGUUAAGGAUACGGGACAUAGUGGGGUCGAAACAAAUCAGGCUGGCCCUUCGAGCGGGCGUGGGACUGCAGAUAUUCCAGCAACUGGUUGGCAUCAACACCGUUAUGUACUACAGUCCUUCUAUCGUGGAACUCGCGGGCUUUGCCUCGCACUACACAGCGUUGCUGCUCUCCCUUGUAAUCGCCGGAAUGAACGCUCUUGGGACCGUCGUAGGUAUUUUUGUCAUUGACCACGCCGGCCGCAGGAAGCUGGGCAUCUCUAGCCUGGUUGGCGUUGUCUUUUCGCUGGCAGUACUGUCUUCGGCAUUCUACCUUACUGCCAGAGAUGCUCCGUUGGUAAGCACGCAUGCUUCUUUUGAGACUCCAGAUCUAAUGUGCCCGGCGCUAUCACCUUCGAGGCUAACUCCAUGGACUUGCAUGGACUGCUUGCAAUCUACAUGCGGCUUUUGUGCUGUCAAGAACAACCAGAUGCUCCCAGGCCGCUGCCUCGUCUCCACCGCUUCCAAGUUUUGCGGAGCCGAUGGAGGUGGCUGGUUCUCGCAAGGCUGCCCGAGCCGAUACGGUUGGCUGGCUCUAGUCGGCUUGGCCCUCUACAUAAGCUGCUUCUCUCCGGGAAUGGGCCCGGUGCCCUGGACGAUCAACUCGGAGAUCUAUCCUCUCAAGUACCGAGGAGUUUGCGGAGGAAUCGCUGCUACGGCCAACUGGAUUUCCAACUUGAUCGUGGCUCAGACGUUCCUGUCGCUGGUGAAAGCCGUGGGAACGUCGCUCACUUUCGCGCUCUUCGGCGUCAUUGCUCUGAUUGCCAUCGUCUUCAUUGCGUGCUUCGUCCCCGAGACGAAAGGACUGUCGUUCGAGGAAGUGGAAAACCUGUGGAAGCCUCAAGACCAGGACAGUGAUCAGCAGCCCCUGGUGCGAGACUGAGGAAAGGAAGCAAAAUUUUCCUGGAUGGAUUCCACCCAACGAAGGUCUCACGGAAUGAUCUGUAGGAUCCCGGGGACCAAGAUUUGCCCCAAAAAAAAUUGAGACUGGAAGCUCGCUUUA